UCUGGCUUUGUUAUUGGUCGGCUGCUGCCUGAUGGAUCGACGAGGGAGGCGUGAACUCUUCAGUCUGUUCUGACGGAGCUGAAGUACAGAAACCAUAUUUACAGGUACAUGUGACAGCGCUGCAGCUAUGAGUGGAAUUUUAAAGGGGAAGUUGGAAGAAAUUGACGGCUCUUCACCCUGCUGCUCUGUGCAGGAAUCAGAUGAUGAAGUUUUUAGCUGUGACGGUGCUGACAGUGUUGAUAGUGUCAAUCUGUCCACUUGUAAUCUUUUCACUGGAAAAAAUAAGGAGAUAUCAACUGACUGAAAUGAUGUUUUCAGAAGCAUAGAGUCUUCAGGAAGAUACUGGAGUUCAUGAGAUCUCAAGGUACAUGUGACAGCGCUGCAGCUAUGAGUGGAAUUUUAAAGAGGAAGUUUGAAGAAGUUGACGGCUCUUCACCCUGCUCCUCUGUGCGGGAAUCAGAUGAUGAAGUUUCCAGCAGCGAGAGUGCUGACAGUGGGGACAGUGUCAAUCCAUCCACUUCUAAUCAUUUUCCCCCUUCCUCCAUCCUCAAAAGGGAGAAGCGGCUAAGGACAAAGAAUGUGCAUUUUAGCUGUGUCACCGUGUACUACUUCACCAGGAGGCAAGGCUUCACGAGCGUGCCCAGUCAAGGGGGUAGCACCCUGGGCAUGUCCAGCCGCCAUAACAGUGUGCGCCAGUACACUCUUGGUGAAUUUGCAAGAGAACAGGAGAGGCUCCACCGGGAGAUGUUGAGAGAACACCUCAGGGAGGAAAAACUGAACUCUUUGAAACUAAAGAUGACCAAGAAUGGCACAGUGGAAUCUGAAGAAGCUAGCACUCUUACAGUGGAUGACAUUUCUGAUGAUGAUAUUGAUUUAGACAACACGGAGGUAGAUGAGUACUUCUUUCUACAACCCCUGCCAACAAAAAAACGGAGAGCACUGCUGCGGGCCUCUGGGGUGAAAAAGAUUGAUGUGGAAGAAAAGCAUGAGCUGCGCGCCAUCCGUCUAUCGAGGGAGGACUGUGGCUGUGACUGCCGAGUGUUCUGUGAUCCAGAAACGUGUACCUGCAGCCUGGCAGGCAUUAAGUGCCAGGUGGAUCGAAUGUCUUUCCCAUGUGGCUGCACUAAAGAAGGAUGUAGUAACACAGCAGGUAGAAUUGAAUUUAAUCCUAUCCGUGUCCGGACUCACUUUUUGCACACAAUAAUGAAACUUGAACUGGAGAAAAACCGAGAGCAGCAAAUCCCCGCGCUGAACGGCUGCCACAGUGAGAUAAGCACUCCCAGUAGCUCCAUGGGCCCCGUCGCGCACUCCGUAGAGUAUUCCAUCGCGGACAACUUUGAGAUUGAAACCGAGCCCCAGGCCGCAGUGCUGCACCUGCAGUCGGCCGAGGAGCUAGACUGCCAGGGAGAGGAGGAGGAGGAGGAGGAGGACGGCAGCAGCUUCUGCAGCGGCGUCACCGACUCCAGCACACAGAGCUUGGCCCCCAGCGAGUCAGACGAGGAGGAGGAGGAGGAGGAGGAAGAGGAGGAGGACGACGACGACGACGACGAUGACGACGAGAAAGGGGACAGCUUCGUGGAAGGCUUGGGGACCCAUGCGGAAGUCGUGCCUCUUCCUUCCGUCCUCUGCUAUUCCGACGGCACGGCGGUUCACGAGAGCCACGCGAAAAACGCUUCUUUUUAUGCCAACUCGUCGACCCUGUAUUACCAAAUAGACAGCCACAUUCCAGGAACUCCUAACCAGAUCUCCGACAGCUAUGCCGAAAGAGAUCCUGUUAAGAACGGUACCCUGUCGCUGGUGCCUUACACCAUGACCCCGGAGCAAUUUGUGGACUAUGCCCGGCAAGCGGAAGAGGCCUACGGCCCCUCCCACUACCCCGCCACCAACCCCUCGGUCAUCGUGUGCUGCUCCUCUGCGGAGAGCGACGGCGGCGUGCCCUGCAGUAGCUUGUAUCCCGAGCACAGGUCCAGUCAUCCCCAGGUGGAAUUUCACUCGUACUUGAAAGGCCCCUCCCAGGAAGGGUUUGUCUCUACACUGAAUGGUGACAGUCACAUUGCCGAGCACCCCGCUGAAAGUUCUUUGAGCCUGGCGGAGAAAAGCAGAUUGCACGAAGAGUGCAUCAAAUCACCCGUGGUGGAGACCGUCCCUGUUUAGUAGCGUAAAUUAUUCUAGGACCAACUCUUCUCUUAUUUAAAAGCACUGUAUUUAAUUGGAUUUCCUGGGCCCAUGGUUGUUUAAACUGAGGACCAAGAAAACCUGGACUGUGGUGAAUCUUCCAGACUGUAUUUUGUUUUCUCCUUUCCGGCCACACGCCUGUGGCAUUGCACAAAUACAGUCUCUAUGAGGAUUUUAAAAGAUUUCAGACUGUUUUGAUAGAAAAUGCUAAUUAAAAAAAAAAAAAAAAAGCAUAUCUCACAGUUGCCUACCUGUCAAACUGUGUGAAACCUGCCAAGCUGUGUAGAUCAGAGCUUCAAGUUCUGGAUUAUCGGGCCUGUGCAAGAUUGUUGACUAAGACUGGGAAAUAAUAAGAUUUAGAGUCCUAAUUUUCGAUAAAUCUGAAGAUGACGGUGACUUUUUAAUGUAAAAGUAAUUACUGUAAGAAAAAGAGUUAAUCGUUCCAUGUGUAUUUUAUUUAUGGUAGUUAGGAGUCAUGUUUUGAUGAAACUGAACAGCAGCAUGUUCUUUUAAGCUGAAGAUGCAUAGUUAGCACCACUGAGCAUGCCCACAUGGAUCGCAUCUGGAAUCCAUUCACGUUUUUAUGAUCAUGACUGAUCAGAUUUGCAAAUACUUUCUUAAGGGUGAAAUAGGCCUAUUUUUGCUAUUUUGGACAAAUAAAUGAGUCUAUAUGUGCAGGUCCUUACACAGUUUUCUCUAAAGUUAAGAGUUAGGACAAUCCUCCGGUGAGGGUCUAGUUCACUGCCCUCCCUCAGUUGACUCCAGAGAUGGAGGUAGAAGGAAUUGCCUUUCUUUUUAAAACAGCAUCAUCUUGGUUCUUAGCUUGGACACAGCACCUUUAAACUCUACUCCCCUACAUCAAAAUGCACUUUAGUGCCCCUUCAUGGUACCUUGUGAGGGGUGGGGACUGAGAACUCUUUGAGAUGAAAAAUUUAGAAAAAAAAAUUUUUUAAUCUGUAACUAUUAUAAGGUUCAUAGAAUUAAUCUAGAGGAAUCAUCCAAUGCUAACUUUAUGAAGGGAAAAUGACCUAUUUUCCUUCGCCACUCUGAAGACCUAACUCGGUAAAAGCAGAGGAGGCAGAGGAAGCAUGGAAGAGACGCAUCCUCAGCAACCAGCCUUUUCUACAGCGUGAUCAAUCCAUCUCUACAAAAUGAGUAUGUAAGGAGAUUUCCUUUUAGUGACUAGCCGAUUGAAGGGGGGGCCUCGACCCAAAUACUCAACUAGGCCUUACUUUUCUGAAGCAUUUUGAUUUCUCUUGCCUGGGACAAUUAGCAGAACAGUCCAGAAUGCAUUGAAUACUUCCUAAUUACCUCACGUUCUCUUAUUAAAGGGGACAGAUAGAAAUAAAACAUGCACUCCCCACCUUUAGGUUAUCUGCACUUGGUUCGUCGGAGGACUUCUAAGAUCCCGUUUUCCUGUACAUUAAUUUAGGUAACUAACUAGUGUGUUCUACCUUUUUUUUUUCCCAAUGCAAUAUGACUAUGCUAAAUCCGUUUCAUAUUUUUGACCUUCUGUUGUUACACCGUUUCACAUUUUCUGCCUCUUUGAAAUGUGGACAUGCCUUGCUAUUCAGUGACUGCAUCGCUAAUUCUUAUGUCUUUUAGAUUUAGAUGUUUAGAAAUAGGGAUAUAAAUAUAUUGUAGAUCUCGAUUCCUUAAAAAUUACUAUUUUAUUUCAUUGAACUUAAAAAUGUUUGAUCUAGAGAAAGUCCUCCAAUGGAAAAGUUUCUACUAAAACUUGAUUUGGGGAAAACAUGUUUACUUGGUAGCUCUUCCAAUGUGCAGUUGGCUCCUGCCCUUUUUCUCCCCCAGCACAGGGCCAAAUUUAUAACCGUUCAUACUAACAUUAAAGGAACUUUGGGUUUGUCCCUACGAAAGUAGCAGUGAUGAGGUCAGGGAUGUUCCUUUUGAAUGAUAAGCCCUUUGGGCUAAUCAGUUUGGGUUUAGCUCCGAUCUCGGUAGUGUAUCUCCUGUUGUCUACAAAGUUACACUUUUUAGUGCUUGAUUUCCAAAAUUGUUUCCUUUACCAAUACAAUCUAAAGAGCACCGGCCCAAAGAAAAAUGACAAAAGGCUAUUGUUCUUCAUGCAGGCAUGUGAAAAAAAAAAAAAAUCACAUGUGCUGUAUUUGCUGGACCCUACAAGCCCUCGAAGGAUUUACCCGUGAAGCAGUCAGCUUCUUGGAACACAGACUGUGGCGGAAUGGGGAAAAAGCGACUCUGGGUGGGGCAAAGGUGAAGGGUAGAAUGUCAAUCCAGUUUCUGAAAGGAUAGAUAUUUAAUUUAGUCCAGCUUUAUAUUCACUGGAAGGUCGACGCCUACUUGCUUAUGUUUGGCUAGGUCUCUGUUUUGUAGCUACAUUUCCAAAAGGAUGCUUAACCUUGAAACGGACAAAUAAAAAAAUCAGAGCUCUCUCCCUUUUUUUUCCAAUUGGGGUUGAAAGUCACUGGGCACAGAAGGAUUAACCUUCCAAGCAUGAAUUCCAUUCCAGAUUCACAUAUAUGUAUAACCUAACCCCUAAACAUCUCCCACAAACUACAUACACAAAUUACCUAUUAAAACACUCCCUUAUAACACAAAUGCACAUGCACAUACACACACUCACACAAACACACACUAGAUGUAUAUCACACACUGGAGAAUGAGAGAUUUUAGGCAAUGGCCAGUAAUGAAUACUGUAUGCUUUUCCCACCCUAGAAUCUGAUUGGGUUUUAUGAUCUAAAAAUAAGGUCUAGAAAAGAGGAUGAUUUGUAAAGCUAUAGUUUGAAAAUGUUGGGUCAAAGUUGCGUAUAAUACUAAUGAUGGAAUCGUUUCAUUGUUACUUCCUUUCCCAGAAAAGCUGAGAGAGCACAGUGUUCCAUCUGACUUUUUUUUUCCAUUAAUAGCCCUUCUAUUCAACAAAAACUGCCCACAUGCCAGGAGAGCGCUGCCGUUUUUUCUAAGCUUUUUAAAAUGGGGAUCAAGCUAGAUGCAGCCAGUUGGGAUGCUUAAGAUCUUUAUACGAAGACACAAUGACACCUGACCUUCAGCUGUUGUAUUUCCCCCGUAGUAUAUCUAACCAAAUUAUUGUCUUUUUUUUUUUUUUUGGACACACAGCUUUUUAGUUGUUCCCUGCCAAUGGCAAAGCUUCGUGCUUUGGUCCUGUUGUUUUAGCAUCAGCCCUAUACUUUUUAUUAGGGCUUAAAUCCCAGUUAUAAUCCUGGCCAGAUUGAUGUGCAAAUCAAGUGGCUGGAGCAGCUUGCAUUUCCUUUGUCAUCCUAGGUUUCCUUUGGGAGAAAGAAUCACUGAAAGAGAUUAACCUAAAUUCCCCACCCCCCAUCCCUUAGUCCUUGAUUAUUAAGACAUAAGUAAAAUUUGUUUGUGUCUUUUGUUAGUUGGGUAAUAAUAGAUACUUUUCAAAAAUUAGUCUUUUCUUUGUGAUAAAACUAUAUUUUCCCAGUGCUCCAGCCACAUAUGAAAUGUGAAAUUAAUAUUUAUUAGAGUCAUAAGAUCUUCACAAACAUAUAUGGCCCAGCAAUAACCCUUCCCCCCCAAAAAAAAAACUAGGAGUUAUAGAAACAUUGGCCACAAAACAAUCAAGAAGCAAAGAGAUGAUAAGUGGUUCUUUUAUAUUUUUGCACUCUAACAGGUGACUUGUAGGCAAAAUUCUGGUUGGGUUAUCAUUAAACAGGAAAAUACAUCAUGAUUUAUUCCCUAUAAGUUUGAUACAUCAUUGGCUCUUUGAUUAAACUUCUGAUAUUGCACAAAUUUAUAAUCCUUUGGUCUUAAUACUUAGAAUUUACUAAGUAUCAACUCUGUCUUUCAACAAAUAUUUAUAGAAUGCUGACUGUUAGAAGAAGUGUUCUAAGUGGUAAAAAGAGGUAAAACACUCCACAUUCUAAGAGAUCAUGAUGACGAAGAGGAGUGGCAUGAAAUAAUCAAGCCUCACUGUAAUUCUUUUAAUCUGUGCUUUUAUAAUGUGAUCUUAGAAAAAGUGAAAUCAAUUCUUGUCUCAUUGUGUGCAAACUGUAACUAAAAGGAUACUUCUUUUUCCUAAAUUAAUGCAACUCACUGGAUGAUCUUUUUUCCUCUUCCCCUAUCUGAAAUUUCUGAAUUAAAUAGACUCAGCUAGAAGAACUGAAUCAAAUGAAAAAGAGAUUUUCAGCUAAUUGCUUCUUCAGUGUUAGGUCUCUAUAAGUGAGGCUAAAUUUAUACUAGCAAACUCCUACCAGAUAGUUUCAAGAGCUGGUUGACUCAUACAUAAACCAGGAAACAUUUCAGGAAAACUUUGAGACAAUGAUGUGGAACACAAUCACUUUUACUUCUAUUUAUAUACAGCUUAAAAAAUUAGCAAAACCACAGUUCCAAAUUCCAAAGGCAUUGCCUUAUAUAGCCUGUAGAAAAGAGAGGUCAUUCAACCCACCUCACUUGUAGCUGGGGUUACAAAACCACCGCCAGCAGGUGGAAAGUGGACAUUCUCAGAAGUCAGAGACUACUUUUCAAAAAGGUACCAUGAAGCCGUCCAUUUCUCCAAAUAUGACUAAAAACGACAUCUGUUCCUUAUUCUCUCACAGAAGAGUCAUUACUGUAGUCAGUGUAUAAAAUACCAACCUUGAGUGGGAAGUACCUUCUUGCUUUCAAAGGCAAGACUUGACUGUAAUUUGAAACCAGAACUAUGUAUUCUUACCACAACCAACAUGGAAAGUUUAAAGCCUUAAUCACUCUUAGUUCUAACACAAAUUUGCAACUUCUGAUUACAUUAUUCUUUCUGAGAUCUGCUAACUUGUGCUCAAGUAACUCAUAUGCCUAAGCCAAAUACCACAGCUUUGCACAAAUACCACUGCUCAACAGAUGUUUUCUGUACCAUUAAAGAAUUUAAUUGACUUAAUUUAACUGAAUAUCAGCAAUUUAAAAGCCCACUAAAAUUAUGAAAGUGUCAGGGCGGGAUGAGAAUGGAAUAUAAGCAUAAUAAAUAAGUGGUAGUGUCUCCCAGGAACCAUAAAGUUUCAGCAAGGCUGAACAGCUAGAAUUUUAACCAGAAAACUAGAUGGCAGAUGGCAGCCUGAAACCUAGAAGGGACAGUGACAAUGUGGAAACUCAGAGGCCAGUUGGUGUUCAUGUGGGCUGUCCACCAACCUCAUCGAUUACGUCUUCCUAUCUAAAAAUCAUUUGAUGCUUGCUUUAAAAAAUAAAAGCACCGAGCUGUGAUAUGCUAAAGAAACUAUUUUUAAGAUUUAGACACAUUUUAUAUUAAAAUGACUGACAGACUAUUGUCAAAAGUGAUGAAUAUGGAAAUAAAAGAGCUCUUUCAUAUUUUACCUGUCAAAUCUGCAUAUUUAAUGUGACUUUUUAAAAUAGUCACUUCUAAGUUUCGCUUCAACUCCUCUCAGCUUUCAUACUAGACCGUGAGACCCCCUUCCAACCAACCAGUGAAAGUGGGGGAGGGGGUUCGUUUGUUUUCUUUCUUAUCAGAAAUUCAAAUUCAAAAGUUGGUAUGACCUGGGUUUUGCCUGGUGAGUGGUCUUGGGGUCAGUCUAUCUAACUUGGCGCUGCCUGACGGUGGUAAUUCAGACAGAAUGAUUGGAAGCAGGAAGGUGAAUACGAUCAGAUUCAAAGCCUAAAACAGUUCAUUCUUUAUUUGCAAUUACUGUAGUCUAACAUAUAGCCUGGAGUUUUAGUAAAUACAGGUACAUGUAGCUUUCAUGGAAAAUGAAGUAAUUUCAAAAAUUUAAGUCAUAUCGUUGACUCUUUCACUCGUGAUAAAUAUAUACAGGGUAAAAUUGUCUCUUCUUUGAUACUUUAUACUUGCUUAUAAUUUAAGAAAAGCCAACUCUAGUGUGUCAUUUUAUUUUAUCUCAUAAGUUUCUGGCAGAACUAAAGUUUCAAGAGAAUAUGACAGAAUUUAUUUUGGACAAUAUUUGCGUUGAAUGUGCAAAUGAUGUCAUUCCUUUCUUUGGAUUACUCACUACCAUAGUGAUAAUCAAACCAGUUCAAUAACUCUCAUUUUAGUGACAUGCAUGAGGCCAUUUAAAUAUUCUAAGAUAAUGUAUAUUGAUUCAAAGGAUUUAGGAAAAGACAAAUUUAUGGCAGAAAUUUUCCUUGCCUGUGUCUAAGUUAAUUUAUGUGACCUGAUUGAAUGCUUCUAGUUAUAAUUUUGGAAUAACUUUUUUGUUAGCUAUCCCUUUCCUUCUGCUUUUGGCUUUCUCCUAAUCUUUUUAUCUGACUUGGGAGGAUCUUAAAAGUUAUUUAUCAAUGAGUAUUUGGAAGGAAACUGAUUUAGAAAAUAUCUCUUUAAAAAUUAUCCAGGAGCUUCUGUCACCAGAGAUCUUUAUCAAGUCUAACUGCCAUGCUAGGUAAGACCACAAACACCCUUGUCAGGGAUGUGGCCACCAAAAAUGGUUUUGCUGUUGUCUCUACAUGGGAAACCUAUUAAAAACUAGAUAGAAUUUUUCAACUUUAACAUAAUUUAUCCAAUUUUGUUUUGCUUCUCCUUUUUAUGUCGGUCACCAAACUUUUCUUCUUAGCUGCAAAGAUAGCCACCCAUCUUUAAAACAAAUUCAAAGAUCUAUAUGCCACUUUGAAAUUUUAUUUAAAUAUAAAAGAAAAAGAAGGAAUAAAAUAAAAUCAAAAUCUGAAUUCCCCUAAAGAAGGAAAACCUAAAUAUCAAAACCUAAGAAAUGAAUUGCCUGAGGUUAUUAUUUUUUUAAUUAAGUGUUGAUCCUCGGAUGAUGUAAUGAUACCCAAAUAAUAUCUGAACUUGAUAGAUUUUACAUUUUAGUAGUUGGCACAGUGAAUUCUUUUGUACCAUAAUCAAAUAGCCUCCACUGCCAAAGGUUAUGGUCUGAAUCUUGAUUCAUUAGGUACUAGUCAUGCUAAAUGGGUAUCUUAGACUAGUUUAAUCUUUUCAAGGAUACUCACAAUGGCCAACUGCGUCUGAAUAAUGAAAAGUUUGAGAUUCUUGUGUAUUCUUCAAAUUUUAUAGUCCUGAGACUAGAAGAGAUCUCCUGAGGUCAUCUGGCUCAUCCAUCUCUCUCCAGGGAGGACUGUCAUUCAGGCAUGCCCAACAGGAUAGAUACCCAUCUAUUCUUAACAUCUCUAGGGAAAGCGGUUUCCUUGGCAACACAAUCCAGUUCUCUUAGGUUUUUCUCACAAUAAGAAAAUAUCUUGGCCAGUCUUUGUGGGCUAGGCACCUGGCAACAGUUGUGGUGAUUUGGGCCAUUGUACUGGCAGACUCCAAGGACUUGGGUUUCCCCUUACUUUGAUGAUUAUUGUAUUUGAUGACUCCAUAAGUCUCCUAAGAAAUCAGAUUUUUAAAAACUACACAUAUGAGUAUUGAGACAAUGCUCAAUAAUAUAACCUGCCUCCAACAAAUAUGACAGUCAUUGUUUUUCAUUUUUAUUUUAUCUGUGUUCACCAUUGCUGUAAUGUCAGGACGUAAUGUCAAGAAAAUGACUAUUUCAGAUCCCCAGUGACAGACAUCAGAGUUAGGACCAAAUGACUUGACUUGCUUAAUUUUCUGAGAAGUUACAAUUACAUAAGUGAGCAUUUUCUACCUUUUCGCUUCUAAAUAAGUACCUUCUUGUUAAUCUUUCUUUACCCUAAAAUGACAAAUGAGAAUCUCAAGCUUUUCCACUCCUUCUGGGGAAGAUGUGACUAGUUUUGGAGAGUCUGUUGUGGAAUAAAAUGCCUCCAGAGAAUUACUCAGCCACCAUUUGAUCCCAGCCUUUGUCCCCGUGCUAUUUAAACAAUAGUUGCCUGCCUUCUCAGGGAUCAGCAGAAUUCUGAAUUAAAAAUUUGUCACCUUGACAAGGCCUGAAAUCGAAGGGAGGAGUCUGGGAGGAGGGUGUUUUUUUGUUUUUUUUUUUUUCCUGAUUACAUCACUUGACCCAAGCACCCAAGCACUGCAGCUUUCAGAGCAUCUUCUGUUUGCUCAGAGUUGUUUCCAACUCAGAGUCAGAACUAACUGGAAGAUGAGGAGCACUCCUGAAACCAAUGUUUCUUUUCUCCAUGGGAUUUUUUUCAAUCCAGAUACAGCUGCUUAUCUCCCCAACUCGGAUGCUCUUGUGAAAUGACAGCCACAUCAGUGUGGUUGUUCCCCACAAAUACUACUAGGGGAAAUAACCCUUUUUGCUUUAAAAAAAAAAAAGCUAUAGAAUGUUUAUGUAAAGAAUGUUGAAUAAUUUGGCCCAUGUUUUAAUUGACUCUAGACACCUCUAUGGAAAUAAGUCUGAGGCGUAGUUUGUGAAACAUGUUUCAAAGGUGUUUGAUGUAAAAUAAAUGCUAGACAUUUACAGUACAGACAUAGUUUAAAAAAUUAAAAACCUGUAGAUUACAACUCUGUUCCUAAGAACCUCCGCCUUUAUUGUGUCUUAGUAAAGUUGAUCUGCUUUCAUUUUAGUUUAUUGCAUUUCUGGUGUAAUAGCCUCUUAAGAUAGAACUAUUAAUACAUAUGUACUGGUUAAUGCCUGUUAAUGCAGAAAAUGGCACUUUGUUAUUUCAAUGUGUUUCCCUCAGUGUCACAGGGUAUAUCAAUUUGAUAGGAAAAGGUCAUUUGACAUUGGUCAAAAAUGCAUUUUCCCCAUUUAAAAUAUAUAUGUAUGAUUGGUUGCGUAGACAAAUGGCACCUUUUGCAGUAUCUUUAACUUGAUCAUAGUCGUAGAUGUCAACUGUGUCUCCACUUUCCAGCUGCCAUAGAAAUUUGGAACAUUUGCAAAUUCUGGUGAAAUCGAGUGAGCUGAAUGUAAUGGUAGAUCAAAUAAUCCAAAGGACUUGAGUGUUAUCCUUCAGUCUGUGUUGAACCAUUCGGACAUUGGGAAUGGUCUUUACACAAGGGAAGUCUUUUGAGAGUGUUUUUUGGUUUGGUUUGUUUUUUUGGGUUUUUUUUUGCUGACAAAAAAACAAUUUAAAAACUCAGUGAGGUAAACUCACUGUAACAUAUUUUUUGACAUUGUGAUUGGUUUUAUCUUUUAGUUGAUUUCUGUUACGACUCUUACUCAACUUCAACAGUAUUUCAAUAGACAUUUUAUUACUGUUAUGUCCAAUUUAAUCACUUAGAAAGGUUGAAAGGGAAAAAAAAUCAAACAGUUCAUACAUACAAUCACUUUACACUAAAACGUCAUAUUGUGUGUCACACAGUUUCUAGAUUGAUUUCUCUUGUGUAUAAGUUAUAACAUCAAAGAUGCCAAAGGGUAUAUUAAAUAAGCUACAAUAAUAUUCAACAGAACUUAACCUGGACCUUAUGUUGUAAUAAUUUAUUCAUAUUAGAUGUAGUCUUCUGUAUUUAUAUUUUCAGUAUUUAUUAUGAAUGACAUGGAAAUUCGUGUAUUUAUUGUGGCUUUUUAUUGCAGUGUGUAUAUAUAUAUAUAUAUAUCACAAAUAAGCAUUUUUAAGUCUUAUCCUUAAGUUUCUUUUAUUAGUGGCACUUGUAUUAUGCUGUACUUUUUAUUAUAUAUUGUACAAUAUCUUGUCCAUUUGUUUGCAGCAGAGUAAAACCGGUUUCUAAGUUGUAUCUACUGUUGCAUUCUUUUACAUGUCAUGUAAGCCCUUUGUUCUUUCAUACUGAGCUGUCACAAAACACAUAAUACCUCCCUCUGUGUAACAGAUACAGUCUUGAAGGUUGUGUGAAACCAGUUCCUGUGAAUGGCCUAUUACAUUAUUAUCAUCUCAAA